AUGGCUACCGCAGGCCACUUUGGGCCUUUUGACUCAACCUCCGAGGACUGGGAGUCCUACAUUGCGAGGUUCGAAUUCUACCUUGAAGCAAAUAAGCUGAAAGACGCUGAGCUGCAAAGGGCCACGUUCUUCAGCGUCUGUGGGAAAACCACGUUCGAGAUCGCCCGGGCGCUCGUAGCGCCAGCACAGCUCCAGGCGUUGGCGUUCAGCGAGAUCAAAGACAAGCUCCGAGACCACUUCUCACCGCAGCCGUCGGAAGUUGCCAGCCGUCAUGUCUUCCACAAGCGAGACCAAUCACAUAGCGAGUCCGUUAGCAAUUUUGUUACCGCCUUACGGAAAGCAGCGAGGAAAUGCAACUUCCCAGACCUCGAGAAUACUCUGCGAGACAGACUGGUGUGCGGUCUGCGGGACGAGAAGCUGCAGCGGCGCCUGUUUGCAAAGAAGAUGCUCACGUUUAAAGAGGCCCUGGAGGAAGCCCUCGCGGCGGAGACGGCCGAGCGGUCCACCAAGGAGGUGUGGCAGUCGCGCAGCCCGACCUUGGCCAAACGAGCAGAACCCAUUCACCACGAGGGCCUCGCGAGCGACACCGAGGAGGAUGACGAAGUCAACCGGACGCAAGCCACCAGAUCCCGGCGCUCCGAGCAGCAGCAGUACAGGGGGCCUCCAUGUGCCAGUUGUGGGGGGACCCAUGAGAGGCGGUACUGCGCAUUCAGAGAUGCAGAAUGCCGAGCAUGCAGGAGGAAGGGCCACAUCGCACGCGCCUGCAGGACAGUCAGGAAGGGAAGCUCCCCGCUGCCGAGGCGACCAGCAGAGAAGGGGCUGCGCCGGUCCAACGAGUGCAAUGCCAUAGAGGAGCACGCAGUCAGGACUCUCGUCCUGAGCACGAAGGCGACAGUACAGCCAAAGAUACGCGUCACAGUGCAGAUCGAGGGAACGCCAUGCGAGAUGGAAGUGGACUCCGGGUCAGCACUAUCCAUCAUCUCGAAGGACCUCUUUGACCGAGUGUGCACCGGCGGGAGGAGCAAGCGCCUAGAGCCAAGCGACCUGAUCCUGACGGACUUCCAGGGACGACGGGUUCCAGUGGCAGGAGUUGGCCUAGUCAAGGUCAGCUACAAGCAGUUCCAGGGCCCCCUCCGUGUGGUUGUAGUCAAGGGGCGCCUCACCAGUUUGCUGGGGCUUGAUUGGUUCGAGGCGUUGGGCAUCCACGUCACCGGGGUCCAACAAGUCAGCCAAUCAGGCAUCCGGGCAGUCUGCGAAGAAUUUCCCGGCGUGUUCGAUGGGUCCCUCGGCUGCUACAAGGGCCUGCCCGUCUCAUUCAACCUGAAUGCAGCUGCAGCGCCAGUCCGCCUCAAGGCACGCCGGGUCCCCUUCGCCCUCAAGCCGCGCAUAGAUGAGGAGUUGGACCGCCUGAUCGCACAGGGAGUUCUCGAGCCCAUGUCGCAUGCCUGCUGGGAGACACCAAUCGUCACGCCCAUCAAGGCCAACGGGGACGUGCGAAUCUGCGCGGACUACAAGUGCACUAUCAACAAAGCACUGCAACAACACGCGUACCCCGUGCCGGUGGUCAGCCACCUUCUGGCAUUCUUAGCGGGGGGACGCAUAUUUGCAAAGAUCGACCUGGCACAAGCAUACCAGCAACUGCCAGUGGAUGAAGCUACCGCGGAGGCGCAAACCAUCGUGACCCACCGCGGAGCGUUCAAGGUCAAGAGACUCCAAUUUGGGGUGAGCGUAGCCCCAGGCAUCUUCCAGGGACUCAUGGAGGGGUUGCUGCGGGGAAUCCCGGGCGUCAUUCCGUACUUUGAUGACGUCCUGAUCGCGGGAUCCACCCCCUCCGAGCUCUCCGACAGGCUCCGGGAAGUGCUGCGCCGCCUCCAAGACGCGGGACUCAAGGUAAAGAAGGAGAAGUGCCAGUUCGGCGUGCCCAGAGUAGAGUUCCUAGGAUUCCUCAUCAAUGCAGACGGAAUCCACCCAACGGAUAGCAAGGUGCAAGCCAUCUCCCAAGCUCCGCCACCUCGCUCCAAGAAGGAGCUCCAAGCCUUCUUGGGGCUACUGAACUUUUACCACGCCUUCCUACCGCACAAGGCGUCGCUGGCGGAACCCUUGCACCGCCUCCUGGAAAAAAACGCCAAGUGGACGUGGGACCGCAGGCACGCCCGUGCGUUUACAGCGGUCAAGGAGCUCCUGUCAUCCGAGGCAGUGCUGACGCAUUUCGACGAAAGCAAGCCGCUCAUCCUUGCCAGCGAUGCUUCUCUGUAUGGGAUCGGCGCUGUGCUGAGCCACCGGAUGCCAGACGGCCGGGAGACGCCAAUCGCCUACUUCUCAAGAUCCCUGUCACGAGCUCAGCGGAACUACGCACAGAUCGACAAGGAGGCCCUGGCACUGGUAGCAGGAGUCAAGAAGUUCCACGACUACGUCUACGGGCGGCGGUUCGAGAUAACCACAGACCACAAGCCGCUACUUGGCCUAUUAGCGGCGGACCGGCAAACGCCGCAAGUAAUGUCACCCCGGAUGCUGCGCUGGUCGGUGUUCCUGUCUGCCUAUGACUACCAGGUGUCCUACAGGCCGGGGAAGGCCAUUGGGCAUGCCGAUGCCCUCAGCCGCCUGCCAUUGCCAGAGCCUGCCGACGACCCCUCACCGGCCCACGGGGUCAUGCAGAUCGAGGACUUGCCACAGCCCCCCCUUGUGGCUUCGGACAUAGCGGCACACUCUGCCAAGGACCCCACUCUCUCCCGGGUCCUCAACUGGGUGUGGAGGGGGUGGCCAGCGGGGGGAGCUGAACCUGAGCUCCAACCAUUUCACUCCUGCCAACUUGAGCUAUCAGUGCACAAAGGGUGUCUACUCUGGGGGAGCAGGGUCGUCGUUCCCCCCAAGCUGCGACAGCGGGUGCUAGAGGCGCUGCACGUGGGGCACCCAGGGAUAGUAAAGAUGAAGGCGCUGGCCCGCAGCUACGUGUGGUGGCUGGGAAUAGACAGGGAGGUGGAAGGAUGGGUCCGGGCUUGCCAGCCUUGCCAAGAAGCCCGGCCUGAAAUGCCGCAAGCUCCGGUGCGAGCCUGGGAGACAACGCGAACGCCAUGGUCGCGGCUUCACAUAGACUUUGCGGGCCCCUUCCAAGGACACACUUUCCUAGUCGUUGUGGACUCAUACUCCAAGUGGCUGGAGGUAGUCCCGGUAUCAGCCAUGACGUCAGGAGUUGUCAUCCGCGCCCUUCGGUGCCUAAUUGCAACACACGGGCUGCCGGACACCAUCGUGUCGGACAACGCCGCCCAGUUCACGUCACGGGAAUUUCAAACGUUCCUGGAGAACAAUGCCAUCCGGCACGUCACAUCGGCGCCGUUUCAUCCCUCCACGAACGGGCAAGCGGAGCGCAUGGUGAGGUCAACGAAGGAGUCACUGCACAAGCUCGGCCGGGGGGAUUUUAGCCAGCGUCUGGCGGACCUCUUGCUGCGUCAACACAUCACCCCCCAUGCCACGACGGGCCGGAGCCCAGCAGAGCUGCUAAUGGGGUGGAGGUUGACCACACUACUGGAUCGGCUGCACCCAGACUUCGCACCCGACGCCAAAGGAGAGACGGAGGCGCCGGACCUGCCCCGAGCGUUCCAGCCAGGCGACCGAGUGUAUGCCCGGAACUACGGGGCCGGGCCAGUCUGGAUACCGGCAACCAUCUCCAGGACUACUGGACCCGUCUCCUACGAAGUAGCCAACUCCAAGGGCAAGAUCUACCGCCGGCACAUCGACAAGCUGCGGAAACGAUGGCCACCGCGAGAGCCGGAACGGGAUGGUAACUUGCCCCCUUGUGUCACAGAGACUAGAGAGGUAGCUGGCGCGGCAACCGGGAGCCACCCGGGCGGGCCGGGGGGAAGCCACGACCCGCUACCAAUGACACACGGCGCUGCAGGCGCCGCCGAGACAACCCCCUCCAUUCCUGCUGGGGAACCGGCAACCGAUAGCGAGGGACCGACCGCGGGGAGCCAGAACACAGAGGGGUUGCGCAGGUCCCAACGGGUGCGCCAACCACCGGCCUUUCUGGGGGACUAUGUUUGGAGCGGGGCGCCCCAAGCUUAG